GGGGGGGGCAGAGCGAGCGAGCGCGCCCGGCGAACGGGCCGGAGACGCGGCGGCGGCGGCGGCGGUGGCAAGAUGGCGGCCAAGUCGGAUGGCGGCGGCGGCGGCGUGGGCUUCGCCCAGCUGCACAACCUGGACGAGGCGGCGGCGGCGGCGGCUGGAGUGUGCGGCGGCGUCGGGGCAGCGGCGGCGGAGGGAGCGGAGGAGCCGGGCGGCAGCAGCUCCUUGCACAUCUGCCACUGCUGCAACACGUCGUCGUGCUAUUGGGGCUGUCGGAGCGCCUGUCUGCGGAGCCUCUUCGGCCGGGCGGCCGCCGCCGCCGCCGCCGAACCGCUGGCACCGAGACCCGCCGACGAGGGAGCGCCGAGGGCGUCGGAGGUCGGAGGGGCUGGAGAGCGGCCGUGGCUGGACUGCCUGUGGAUCGUGCUGGCGCUGCUGGUGCUGCUGGGGGACGUGGGCACGGACCUGUGGCUGGCGCUGCACCACUACGGGCGGCGGGACUACGUGUGGUGCGGCCUGACUCUGGCCUUCGUGCUGCUGCCCUCGGUGCUGGUGCAGAUCCUCAGUUUCCGCUGGUUCGUUCAGGACUAUACGGGAGGAGGGCUGGGAGCCGUGCAGGGCCUCAGCAGCCGCGGGCCGCCCAUGAUGGGAGCCGCCGGGCGAAGGGGGGGACCCGGCGGGGUAGGAGGAGCCGCCGGCACAGCCACCCCCGGGGCGCAGCGCCUCUGCAGGAUCUCCGUGUGGGUCUGGCAGUCCGUCAUCCACCUGCUGCAGAUGGGACAGGUCUGGAGGUAUAUCCGAACUAUGUACCUGGGGAUCCAGAGUCAGAGGCGGAAGGAACACCAGCGGCGUUUCUACUGGGCUAUGAUGUAUGAAUAUGCAGACGUAAAUAUGCUGCGCCUCCUGGAAACCUUCCUGGAGAGUGCUCCUCAACUGGUGCUACAGCUCUGCAUAAUGAUCCAAAAGAACCGUGCAGAAACAUUACCAUGUGUGUCCUCUGUGGCCUCCCUGAUGUCCCUGGCUUGGGUGCUAGCCUCCUAUCACAAGCUUCUUCGGGACUCUAGGGACGACAAGAAGAGUAUGAGCUACAGAGGGGCCCUCAUCCAUCUCUUCUGGCGCCUCUUCACCAUCUCAUCCCGAGUUAUUUCUUUUGCUCUCUUUGCUUCCAUCUUCCAGCUCUACUUUGGGAUCUUUGUAGUGGUCCAUUGGUGUGCCAUGGCUUUCUGGAUCAUCCAUGGUGGGACAGAUUUCUGCAUGUCUAAGUGGGAGGAGAUCCUCUUCAACAUGGUGGUAGGGAUUGUGUACAUUUUCUGCUGGUUUAAUGUCAAGGAAGGGCGGACUCGAUACAGAAUGUUUGCGUAUUACACGGUAGUCCUGACGGAGAACGCUGCCUUGACGCUCCUUUGGUAUUUUUACAGAGAUCCUGACACCACUGACUCAUAUGCCGUGCCAGCACUGUGUUGUGUCUUUCUUAGCUUUGCUGCUGGGAUAGCUUUGAUGCUGUUAUAUUAUGGUGUGCUGCAUCCCAUGGGGCCAAGAGCUAAGAUCUUUGCCAGCUCCUGUUGCGCCGAGCUGCUCUGGGGCAUUCCUUUGCCCCCUGAUGUUGAGCCCAUGGCACCCCAAACCCCUGGGUACCGGGGGGCCCAGGCUACGCCCACCAGAGCGGUCACGGAGCAACAGGAGGAACUCACAGCUGACACUUGCUUGCCCGUUUUCCAGGUGAGAGCAAUGGUACCAUCUACUCCAUCUGGGCGACCCUACCCCCCCGAGGGGCCUCUCAUUAAGAUUGACAUCCCAAGAAAGAGAUAUCCUGCAUGGGAUGCUCAUUUUGUAGACAGGAGGUUAAGAAGAACUAUCAACAUCCUCCAGUAUGUCACCCCCACAGCUGUAGGUAUUAGGUAUAGAGAUGGACCUCUCUUAUAUGAGUUGCUACAAUAUGAAUCUUCACUUUAAAAGCUCCUUAAAGCAAAAGUCAAAGAGGGGACCUUAUUUUUGUUUACGGUAAACACAGAUCAUGAAACAAACACAAACCUUCAGAUAAGCUUUCUUUCUGGUUGCUGUAUGUAUAAAAAAAAAAAGAAAAAAAAGAAAAAGAAAAAGAUAUUCUCUAUGUUUUGUAAGUAAAAACAAAAAGAAAAACUUUUCUUUUGUUUUUUACACACAAGAAACAGUAUUUCAACUUCCACACCUAGGAUUCACAGGUGGAGAAGGAGGCAUCUCCACAUCAGUUUUAUACCGUACACCAAGUGUAGAACAUUAUUUAUGGGAUUGGUGCUGAUUGAAAAAUAAAAACAAACAAACAAACAAACCUACAACUGCCUUAUGCCCUUAGGUGCUGAGUUUCAUUAAGUACUGUCACCUUUCUCAUGCAAAACUCUUUGAUGAUUAUAUGCCAGGAAAAUAAUAAUAACAGUCAUAAUAGUAAUAAUAAAAGAAUACAUGACUCAAAUACAAACUUUGAAAUUAAUAAGAAGGAAAAAAACAUUAAAAAAAAAUUAAUAACAACAAGAACAAAAAAGAGAAAUGCCUGAAAAUAUAUCAUUGCUCUCAUUGGAUUUAACUUAAGGAAUAAAAAUCAACAAAGAAAGCAAGGCCGAGACACCCCAAUGGAGAUUGUUUUUUUCUCAAGGCUGGAAGAUAAUAUCAGGUCUGCACCUCCAGUUGGCGGCGCAUUUAUGACACUGUUUGGCCAAGUCCACCCAGCUUGCCCAACUCAUGUUGUAAAUGCGGCCCUGCUGGGGAGCCACGUUCCUCCUGCAGGUGGCCCAAUGCACCGUGGUCAGUUUGCAGCAGGGAAACACGGCAACGCAGAGCUGAUCUUGUCUAGAACAGCUGCACAUGCUGAUGCCCGCUGGCUUCAGUGGGGCCAACAACCACCACCAGAGCCCAGAAUGAGGCUGGCCACGUUGAUCUCUGGAAAAUAAAAUAAGAGAUCUCCAAUUGUGAAAUUUUAUACCAAAAACACUCUAAUUAAAGUAUACCUACUCAUCUCUAAUAAUUUCAGUAAUAAUAAAACUCAGCAUAGUAGCAAAAAGUGAGUCAAUUUAAAGGCACAAUACUUGAUCAGUUACUGGCAAAAUAAUUUGACCUACUGUAUCAUUUUAAGGCUGUGAAAGGCAUACGUGUAUUAUUUGUAAUCUCGUGUUAAGACCUGUCACGUCUCAUUUGGUGCGAGCCUUAAAGUGAUUGUGAAGCAUCCUUUGUUUCAUUUGAGGGGCUUUUGGGGGUUUUGAUUUAUUUAUUUUUUCUGGUUUUUGGUUUUUUUUGUGGUUUUUGUUUUUGUUUUUUUAAGGAAAAACAAAAUCUGAAAAUCGGGAUUAAGCGAACGAACGAACAAAGCAACAACACAAACAAACAACGCCAGGAAAAACUAACAAACAGAAAGACAACAAACUUCUUCAAAACGGUAAUAACCUGUAAACUGACUCGACGUCUUGAGAUGAUUUGGUGCUUUGUAUCUUUUGUUGAUGUUGUUGUUGUGAUUUAGCUGAGAUUUUCUUCGACUCGGUACAUGUGGGGAACUGCUGAUAAAACUGUCUCGUGUCACCCUCGACUGUAAGUAACAUGGCAAGAAACAACUCCGCAGGAAGCACAAGAGCGUAGCGGGAGCAUCGUGGUGUAGCUUAGCCUUCCCACCGCAAGGAGAUUCUGCCGCCUCCGAUCAUGGCCAAGCGUAGACGGUCACCUGCCAAGGGUCGCGUGAUUGUCCUGACAUAUUUCCCCAUAACCCGCCCGCUGUCAGACCAUUCGCAUCUCUCGACUUCUGUUUCUGUGCUGGAAUCUCUGUCUCGAGUUAAAUCACGGGGUCGCGUCUACCCACCACCCUUUUCCUUUUGGAGAGUGUUAACUCUUUUAAAGGAGUAUUCCCGUUUCAGGGCAUCUUUUCAAUCCCGCCGCCCCUCUGCUUAGGAGGGGAGAAGCAACAACAACAAAAAUGGUAUUUUUAUGUGAAUAUUGUAGUAUUUUCUCUGUGUGUUUGCAGUUUUUUAUUACAAAAAUACUGUAACUGUCCAUGGUGCAGAACCCCCGUGCUGACCUCUUCUGUAGAGAAAAUCAGCACGGGGGGGAUAUUUUUUAAUUACAAUUAUGAGUAUUAUUAUUUUUUAAUUUGAAGAAUCAGUUGUGGGUUUUAUUAUUAUUAUUUUUAUUAUUAUUAUUGCAUCAAAAGAAACUAGUAUGAAUUUUAUAUAACAGUUUAAAGAAGCUGAAUGCUUUCUUCGCCUGAAUAUACCUGAAGAGAAACAUGUUUUUUGAUCAGUGAUCCUUUGCAGUAUUCUAUGAAAAAAAAACAACAAACACCUGUUUUUUUUCUUCUUUUUUUUUUUUUUUUUUUUUUGGUGUGUGUGUCAUUUUCUUUUGUAAAGAAACUUUUAACUCGUGUCCAUCCCUUUUAAGGAGGGCAGGACUCAUUUGCGCCAAACUAGAGACACACGGCAAGGUUUGUACAAAGCCAAAUUGUCACUGGUACUGUAAUUCCUGGUCAGACUCCCAUUUCAGGCAAAUGUUUCUGGGCUCUGAUUAGAACUGACGUGAUGGCCACAUUUUCAGGGAAAGGGAGGUGUUUUGUCUUGUCAUCCCCCUCAUCAUCCCCUGAUCCCUCAUUUUGUUGUGCACUUAUAUAUGUGUGUAUACAUUUAUAUAUAUAUUUGUGGAAAGCUUCCAUUUCCUUUCUCCAUUGCCCAUAUCCCAUAGUCGGUCCCCCUCAAGCGUCCCACUAACAUGUCACCCUGUUCCUUCCCUAAUGAGUUUGUGGUCUCCAUCAAAAGAGGUAACUUGUGAAGUGAACCUGCCAUCCUCUGAGCAGUUUUGCACUGCUGUCAUUAAAAGACACAGGUGCGAAACCCCUGACAACAACCCCAAGUUUCUUCUCCCAAGACUUCACCUCUUCCUUUUUCUGCAAGGACUCACCGUUAGUACCAGUGUAGAUACACUUUAAUCUGCUUCUCCAAGCCUCAUGCCCUGUUUAAAGACUCUCUUUACUCCUUCCACUAAGAGUUCUCAUCUACACAUACAACUUUUCAUCGGCACAAGCAUGAGAAAGGAAUGGAUGGGCAAACAAUUCCACUCUUCCUCACGGACACGUCCUCCAGGAGACAGCACCCUCAUUUCCAAAAGCACCACGAGAAGGUUGCACGCCAAGCGCAUCAAACUUUGGGUUGGAUUUGGAGAUGUGAACACAUCUGACGGAACAGUUGGACCCCGACACUUGGCACCAAGACAGUGAGAUGAGCCAGUGUGCCAUGGUACGCUCAUUGGGAGUCAAAGAGGAGACCCUUUGGUGCUGCCUGACCUUGGGAGCACCUGCAGCCUGCCUUCCCUCAGGAACGAGACCCUUACUCCAGACCACCACACCGACAGCCGUCCUCUCUGUCUCACUGCAAGAGCAGAGGGGCAAACCACUCCAGAAGUGACCUUACUUCUCAAUACAGUGCUAACUUCUCACAACCAAACCAGCUUGACUAAGGGCUUGAUUCAUUCCUGCUCCAAAGUCCUCCUUCUCUGGGUCUUGUAGUAUGGAUAACAACAAAAGCAGGUGCUUCCACUUUGUGUUAAGACUGUUACAUUAUCCUUAGCCACAUAGACUUUCUGCCUCUGCUUUGAGUCCUUGCUUUGAGUGAUAUCCACUGGCAUCUUGAUUUAGCAGAAGAUUUCCAGUGAAAGCCUGUCCCAAACCUGGAGGAUUAUUUCCCUUUCAAAGACUUCAUUGCAGCCUUAAAGUGCUCUCCCACCACACCGAACAGACAGCUUGGGGUGGUGACCAUCUCCUCUAGGGACUGUCUGUAAUCAUGUUGCCAAACAGCACCUUUUGCCAAGCAUGGGGAGCAAAACUGUCCCCAUCUCUUUGUUCACAGUAAUCCUAUAACUGAGAAUCUUGUCCUCACUUUUGUUUGUUUUUUUUCUUUUCUUUCUUUCUUUUUUUGCCCAGGCUUCCUUUGGUUUUUGGAGCGCACCCUGGCAGGAUGCUUUGGUUUCACUUGUUUUUUAACUCCACAGUAGGUCAGUUAUGCCAUGUCCCGACUACAUGGCCAGGAGAUACUGCUUGAGGGGUUUUUGUACUGGAGAAGUCUGAGCCAGUGAUUAUUCACACCACAAGCUUCGUGGACAACUUCUGUGUCGUGUUUGUGCUGCUGAAUUCAUGCUGGGACCAUAGAAAUGAGCCAACCACACUAUGCCAGGACAGAGCCAGGGCUUUACCAUUCCCACUGUUGAACUGCUCAUCCCCUCUCUGGCAUGGUCUUCAUCCACUCCAGCAAGCCUAGACUUGGGCACAGCUUGUACAGGCAUUGAUACUGGCCAAAGACCAUCCCCAGUUGGCAGUGUGGAUGUGGCUAUGCUGUACUGAGAUGAAAGAGUUUAGUAUUAUGGAUGUGGCCAGCACGGUUAGCUUUGAGGCCAGAACGGAUCCUGGCAGUGUUUAUUCUGCUAAUAAAGAUGUAUCUGUAUGCCACACAGCAGGAUUUGGGAUUUUGUGGAGUACAUCAGCUCUAGCCUGGCAUACUUCUGUUGUCUGCCCAGUUCGAUGGACAAAGUAUUUCUUAGUUGACUUGGUUCUUUUUGCUGAGCUUAUUUUGCAAGUAGUGCCACUUACAUUGUGCUGAUGUCAAUGCAUCCAUCUCUCCGUCUGUGUCAGAUGUCUGGCAUGCGAAGUGUGGCAGUGUUACACAUCUGCAGGCAUUUGACUGGGAGACUUGAGCAGCUUGGAGCAGACCAAGUCAGCAGUGGGCAUACAGGAGUUACAAGGUCCCUGCCCUCGUGAUGCUGUGCCCCCCACACAAGGUGUUUCUUAUCCGAAGCACAUCUAAUCUGGACUGCAGAAGAGGAACCAGUGUUUCUGUUAUUGUAAGUGGAAAUUGCAAACGAGCCACCGAUUUCAAGAGUAAAUUUAUAUUUUGCAGUGUACUGGAUGGGAGCUAAUUGCCCGCUUCAUCAUGUCCAUCUCUGCAACUGCCAAAACCUCAGUUGCCAUUUGCCUGUAUUUUUAUUUAGAGCUGACUAGAUUCAGUGGGACAAAAUGAAUUUCCAGCUUUCGACAGCGUUCUGCUAAAACCCAUCUGGUGGUGCUGAUAGGAAUGGGUCACUGUUGACUUUCGAAGAGCAGCAGUCCCUUGCUCUUCAUCUGUAUUUUCCCAUACACAAGAUUCACUUCACAAUGUAUCCCUGCUCCUCAUCCCCGCACGGGAUUGCAUGAACCGAGUCACCCACACCCCCACAACAUCACCAAACCUCCUGAAGAAAAUGUGGUCUGAGGUCCAUCCAGCAUGAUUUCGUUGAAGCUCAGAGGUGCUUUGAAAAGGAAAACUUUUAUUACUGUGCAUUUGCAAAACCUUUUAGUGCCUGCUUGCUGGGCAGCUUGGGCAAGAGACCAUUUGGAAGCUGCUAGAGUCAGUACAAAAUUGUAGGGACAGGCUUUUCUAGGAUCUUCUGUUACUGGGUUAGCUUUCCUCUGGAUUCUGUUCAGCUCCAAUGUGGUCAUGCAAAGUAAAACAAACAACAAAACCCACAUGAAAUAAGGUCUAUGCCAAACCCCACAGAAGCCAAGGCUAGCUGGUAGGAACGACGUGAACUCAGUUGCUCACCCUUUUACUUGCUGCAGCUUGCAUGCUGUUACUUUGGCAGUUGUCUGCAGCCCUGGGCUGUGGGGAUGGUCGAUGCCCAGGGCUGUGAUUGCUGUUUUCAUUUUUCCUUGGAGCUCAGGUGUAUUCUGGUGCAGAGAAUCUCAGCCUGGUUUGAAUGGGAAGAUUGGAGGCUAUCCCAAAUAGACGUGGGCAAACCUUUCACUGUGUGCAGAGUGCAUUUCCAGACCUUUGGGUACCGCUUAUUUCUCCAUGAGCAUGUUCAGAAUCGCUUCGUUGUGUUUGAACUUGGAAAUAGCAGUGUGGUGGCUCUUUUCUGCUGCGGUGUGAUGUGGGGAAAGGGAGGACCCUUCUUUCUGAGCUGGAGAUUGCCCGUGUUCAACCCUUGUUCCUUACUUGAAGCUCAGGCUGUAGGAUAAUGAGAAAAAUGAGAAAGUGUGAUGAAAGGUAGCUGCAUAUGUCCCACUGGCUCUUCACUACCAAAGAGGGAGGCAAUCAGUGACAAUUAAAUCUGAAAUGAACGUGCCAAUCUAGUUGUUGGCAGCCCUGCCCACGGCCAUGGCAUUGGAACUCGGUGAUCUUUAAGGUCCCCUCUACCCUAAACUGUCCCGUGGUUCUAUGAAAACAACCUGGACUUAGAUAUAAAUUUGGAUGUACACACAACUCAAUUGGAAUGAGCGACACUGAUAAAAUAAUGUGGUCUGUUCUUUCCUGUUGUAUAUUUUAAAAGAAACAAACAAAAAUCCCCGAGCCAUGACAACAAGAAAGCGUUGCGAGCAGACAGAAAUCAUUUGAGUGCACAAACUUCCCUCUCUCCCUCAUUGGGACAUGUGCAGCAGGGGAACUUUUGGGAAACCUGUUUCACGCGGAGUUACUCGUAUUUGGAUUUGUGAACAGCUGUGUUGGUCAGAUGGUUUUAUCCAGUACGUGUAGCAACGGGUCGAGGUCAAAAGCUCAUUGCAGGUUUCAGGGUGAUGGGACUCCCGGGUUUCAGCCCCAGCUCUGCCACGAAGUCGCUGUGUAACCUUGGGCAAGUGAUUUAACCUUUCUGUGCCUACAGUUUACCCAUCUGUAUACAUGGGUAUAAUAAUAUUUACCUACCUCACAGGGGUGUUGUGAGGCUUAAGCAACAUGCGUGCGGGAGGUGCUGGAAUCGCGCCGUUAACGUUGUAGUUCUCCUGGGUUUGUGCUGUUAUCGGGAAGGAGCAGUGAAGGGGUUGGUUACACCACGCGGAAGGAGAUCCUGCCGGUCCAUGUGCGUGUCGAGAAGGUGAUCUUAAGUCUUUUCUCUCCCCAAUAGCAAGGAAUGGAAAAAAGUGGUUGCGCGCCAACUCGAUAGCCUUGCUUUCCCAGUCAAAGAGAAUAGCGCUGUUUGCAAUAUUGUUUUCUUACGCAGCAGGUGACUUUUCCCUUUUCCUUUCUGUUUCUGGAAACUUGAACCUAAAGAUAACAAAAGUAUUACUGAACUGAACAGAUUACUAAUGAAUACUUGAAUUUCUUUCAAAGAUGCUCUCAUCAGCCACAGUUAACGUGCACUAAUCUUUCAAUCGUCAGCAUCCAUCUGAAUACAGUGAAACAUUUGCUCACGCUGUUUUGGAAUAGCCUGGACCUUGGUUGGGAGGCUGGUAUUCUGUUUGAGUCUUGUAGGCAUGGGAAACUGGAGUCCUAACUGAAAAAUGUGAACAAUCUGUUCUUCUUUUUGGUUUUGCCUUUGGGUUCCUCUGCUGCCUGCGGACAGCACCGUAACUGCAGUUUACUUGGUCAUAUGGUAGCUUUUUUCAGACUAUUUCCUUCCAUGAUGUGUGAAGGUGGGUUGUGCAAAGGGGAAACCAGAGUCAGUGCUGCUCAUGUGCAGCACUUCUCCAAGCACUUGCUUCCCUGCCAGAAACACAUCCGGAGAGACCAGACCAGGUCUGCCUUCGUGCCCAUCCUCAACCAAAGCCCCCCUUGCCACCAGUGGGAGCUUUGGCUGUCGAUGAUGUGUCCUUCAAGGUGGGUUCACCCCCGAUUUAAACCCAGGAUGCUCAGUGAAACCUGCACUGAUUCUCUCUAGACAAAGGGAGGGGUCUGGUUCAUUGCUCCAAUUAUCUGAUAAUUCCGAAGGGAAAAAGCACGUUGUAGAAGCCUUUAUUUUGGUUUUUGGGUUGUUUUUGUUUUUUUUUUCUGUUAUUUUACUCUUUUUUAAUUGUUUAAGUGUCCUGACCAUCCUCUGAUGUCUUUCUUUUGGAAAUGCAAUGUGAGGCAAGGCUGCCUCCUCCCUUCCGGCAGCGUUUUGUGAAGCCUGCUCACGCACUCCUUACUCGGGCAGAGCUGCUGGGUUUUGCUGUGGGAUCUUGCUUCCUCUCCUGAGUAAGGACUGAAACCUGGGCAGUGUUUCAGCAAGCCGUCAUCUUCACUAACCCAAGAUUUGCCUUGCAUGAAACCAGAACAAAGCUGGGAAACCUUCCUUCACGCCUUAGUCUGCCGCGUCCCUCGCGUCCCAUCCCUGUUCCUUUGUGCCACCAUAGGGAGGUCGGUCAGAUCUUCUAGUUGCGUGGCCCAGUCUAUUCCACAUCACCAACCAUGUAGCUGCAGAUCUUCCCCCUGGGGUAGGGCGCAUUCAGAAGCUCUCUUCUUGCAAAUGAGCCUCUUCCCAUGAGCAUCAGCUCUGGGGCUGCUCUUCCCCCUUUGUCUCCCCCACCAUUUAUUUUCCCUGUUUGAAGCACUCAGCUCAGUGCUUCUGGUUUUUCUUUUUAAACUUCCAAAAAAAAAAAAAAAAAGGAAAAAGAUUGAAGCUAGAAAAAACAACAACACAGCAAUGUAACUCCUUCGGUGCUACGCUAACUGCUUUGUUUUACCCAACCAAAUGCUGGCCAACAUACAGAUUGUCCCUCUUUGUCCUAAGAAGCACCACACACCUGUGUCUCGAACAGGGAUGAACUGAGAGGGAUGAGAGAGGGCGAGUGCUGUUUGGAAAGCGAUGGAAGUCUUACGUGUAUCUAGUAGAAAAAAAUAUAUAGAGAAAAAAAGAAAAAAAAAAAGAUGUAAAUGCAGACUGCUUUCAUAGCUAAUCGUCAACCAACUUGUGGAACUAAGUAGGAUAUAGCCUAUAAGGUAUUGAGGGCAUUAUAUAUAUAUAUAUAUAUAUAUAUACAUAUAUAUAUACAUACAUAUAUAAGAAAUGAUGAAAAGUUUACCUUUAUCAAUAAAUCACCCUUUAAUUUUCCUGAAAAUGCACUAUUGGAUAAUAAACACAUCUGCCUGUGUUCGCAGGCAGCUGUUUUGCUUUGAGCCACUCCAGCAGCAAUGGCUGUUCCAACUGCAGAGGUCAACAAGCAGGUGUUAGGUCUGAUCCGAAGUGGAUGGCUUAGAGUUUUAGGGAUUAAAGGGACUAGUCAACAUGUAUGCCUGAGUCUAUAUACACAGUGGAGAUAUAGACGAGCAUACAUGCCAUGUUACUGCAACAGUAUAUAUGUUUUAAUAUAUGUAUGAAUACAUUGUGAAUUCCUAAGGGCUUUUCAAGAUGAGGAGGGUAGUUUCUGGCGUGAGCUGCAAAGAAUUUGGGGAUUGAAGGUAGGGCUGUAAUAAGUGUUCCUAGUAUGUUAUUUUUUGAAGUCAAAACAGGGAUAAACAAUCAUCAGAAGCUUAAGGUCCUUCUGGAGAAAUGCUGUACUGCCUGAUUUUCCCUUCUUUAAGAAAGAUGGAAGCCAAAAUCAGACAAAAAAUUAGGGCCAUAUGCAGUGUCAGUAUAAAUCAGUAGAACUCCACUGAUGUCCUCACAUUCCACAUUUCAAUAACAAUCUGGUGCCAGGGGAACCUAAACUGGGCAUUAUAGCCCCACUGGGCUUUCCUGAACUGGUGACAAGAGACUUUCUCUUGAUGCUGAAACUCAAACAAAAUCUUGGACAAAACCAAGUGUCUCUUUCCAAGCAGAACCGUGUGAAUUUGGCAAACCCCUGACCCUCACACGGGCCUUCCCUGCCACCCACACCAGUGGGAACAGCCCUGCUCAAAGGGGCACCACAGUGGGUCCUUCUUCAUGAAGACUGGACCCCAAAUCUGAUUUCAAGCCCUUUGGAUGUAAAUGCCAACUGGUACCCAAAGGGAAUGAGAAUUGUUUUCAUUCCGGAUGUCAUUCCUAUCCAUCAAUCACAGGAACAUGGAGCUCAUGUUUUCCUGUUUUUGCCAAUAAAACCUGCUGCCGGUGCCGGAGUCCCCUCCCUCAAACCCAGCUACCACCACCCGCAUGCCUCCCCUUUCUUUCACCUUAAAAACAAAUGCUAUUAUUUCCCAAGUAGCAAAGAUCCAGGACAAAUGCCAGAUGAUUACACCUGCAAUCUGUUUGCUUUAGGAUCUUAUUUCAGUUUCAGAGGGCAUGUGAGUACACAUGGAGACUCAUGCCUGCAGAAACUGCAGUAACCCGAAGUUGAAGCUGCUUGACUUCAAUGGACUUGCUCUGAGCUAACACUGCUAAAAGAGAAAGUGUUCCCUGGGUUCAUCCCCAAAUUACUACAGUUUUAAUGCUGUUCCCAUACAGCUUGUUUUUGUUCUUCAACAAAUACUGAAAGCUUGUUAACAGCCAGUAAAUUUACAAUGGAUAAAUAGUAGGAAAAGUGUACUGGCUCUCACUUAUCCAUAGUCAUCUGAGCACUACUCCAGCAAUUAAACAAGCCUUAAAUGGGAUGUAAUUGCUGCCAUUUGGAGGAGAGCUGUGAUGUGUGUUUUCUUAUCUAAAAAGGUACCACAGCCAAAUCCCUUGGCUCUGUCAUCUCUAUGUAGGGAGAGUGAGGAGGAAGAGAUUUUAUACCAAACGUCAAAGUUUGCCAUUAGCUAUAAAACGUGCCCUUUAUCAGGAAAAAAAAACAACAAUAUUUUUUGUCUGGUGGUUCCACUCUGCAAAUUCUUACCAUUCCAGCCUUUUGUUCUAUUCCAGUGGGAAUGGGAAGUAGUUUCAAAAGCAUUUAAAUACUCAGGGAAGGACUAUUUCAAAUCUAGGUCUGGUGACUUCCAUUCGUGUCACUGGGCAAUGUUCAAACCAUUCCAGUAACGUGAUUUCCCAUGGUGUGAAACCAGAGUGAGACUAAAGCUGGGGUGGAGCCCAUGCAUGGUAUCCUAAUGGUAACCCAAUACGUGCAAUGUAUUCCCAGUCAUGCAGAAGGGUCUCCACUGUGUCCCAACCCCAGGAGCUGUUUCUUUAACAAUAAAAGUUUCACAGAAAGUCUAGAUAAAUGAUUGAUUGAUUGAUUGAUCGAUUGAUUGCAAGGAAGUAUCUUCUCUGUAGCAUGUAUAUUUUUGGAUGGACUGUUAUAUAUAGAAGGGCAAAAUCAUGGUGCUUGAAGAUGUAUGUUCUCUUUCCAUCUCUGCUGUAGGCUGUUGGAUAGGCAAACCAAGAAGAUGUUAGGAAUCCCUCUGCUGCCAAAUGCAACCUGCCCUGCCUAAACUCCACUGUAGCAUUGGCUUGUGCUCCUGGGAAGGUGAUAAGGGAAUGGUCAGGCUGUUGUCUGGCACCUCUCACCAACCCCAUCUCCAGCCCUGCAUCUCUGUCAUUCUUCCCCAAGGCAUUGCAGUGUGGUUUUAAAGAUUCCUCCAUGCUCUACCGAAGUGUUGGGAAGACAGGCUAGUGAAACACUUCCUGCAAAGCUCUUGAGCACCUUCUGAUUGAAUGGAAUUCUGUAAGUUGAUGGCAUCUUCUAACAUCAGCUUUCAUCCUAGAAGCACUUUUGAUUGGUGAAUUUUGAUAGUACUGGGAAGUUGGCACAGCUGUAGAGAACAGCACAAUUUAAAUAGUAGUAUUUCAGAAGUGCCACUUUUCCCAUAAAUGCUGAAAUUUGACUAAUCUUUGCUAGAACUCUUUGUUAACAUUGAAAACCCAAAAAACGUUGUUGAACUGGAUUCCUCAGAUGAACUUUAUUCAGUGAGUGGAAAUUCAGCUUUUAGUUUCACUUUAGUUGUUUUUGUGUCCUUGGACAAGUUGUAGGGCUGCUCUCUCAAUUUGCCCAUCUCUAAAAUGGAAGUUAUGAAGCCUACCUCGCAAGGAUGAUGCGAGGAGUAUGUCAAUGACAGCAAAGUGCUUUAACAUCAUAGGUACUGUGGGACUUCAGUGUUCAUGGGCAAAGCAGGUGAAAGCAGUGUAGUAUGUCUCCUGGUCCCUGUCUUCACACAGUCUGGUAGACAUUGGUCUGAUUUGGCUGUUUCAAGAAGGACUAGCAAAAGCCAGACGAGAUGCCAUGCUAAGCUUAGGAUCAGAACUUUUCCUCCAUCCUUCAAAAUGCUUCACUCACCCAGAGGAAAACAGCUAUGGAAGUCAGCUGAGGAGCCAGGGAUUUCCUACGGUCAUCUUUGGGCAUGGAGUUACAGAAAGCAGAGGUGGAAAGAGCACAUGGAUCAUCAGGUGCAUUCCCAAGAAUGCCUGUGCCACAGGCAUCCUAUAUUUUAUGCUCCCACUCUGAAUCCUGUCCACAUGGAAAUAUUCCAAAGAAGGGCCUUGCUUACCCUAGAGCUUCCUGAUCAGACACAUUAAACAGAAAUUAUGGCCUAAGACUUCCUAGUAUAUCUUUUUGCCAACUAAGCUUGAAACUCAGUCAUGCCCAUGCCUUGAAUCUUGCCUUAUUAACCAAACUCAGCAUAUUCUGGACCAAGGUCAUCCAUCUGAAAUCAUUCUUCCAGUGCUGCUCUGAUGCUGUGGGGUUUUACUGACUGUCGUAAUGUUAGGAGCAAGGAUCCUGAGGUCAGGAAAGGUUGGCUCCUCUCUAGAUCACUUCUGCAUUUGAGCCACCCUCUUGUCCUUAUUGGGGUCUAGACGGACUGGGCUUCAAAUCAUACCCCACAAAAGGUCUGAAAGACCAAGGAAAAUUACUUGAGGCCCUGCCAUGGUGGCAUUUGAGCACCAUCCCUGGCUUCUGCCAGCAGGAUGCAUUUGGGAGGCACAAAGACCCCCAGCAACCCCUGCUCUGAGCUGGCUAAAACAAGCAGACAAGGGUAGGCUUGAUCCUCUUGCAUUACCACCAGACUCGAUGUCUGUCCCCUUGAUUUGGUGCUGUGCCACCGAGAGCGGAGUUAGGCAGGCGUCAUCGUGAUGCAAACCUGGUGCUAUUAACUUGGCAUAGAGUGCCUGUGAGCGUCUUCUUUUCUUGAUCACCAAGCAAUUAGUUUAUGCACAGGAAGCCCAAGGUUUACAUACUGUCUGCUGUGACUUCUCAUUUUACAGGAGGACUCUAAGGUCUUCUACCUUGUUCUUCAACUCUUCCUCUAUGUUUGCAUCCCAGAGCGCAAGGUGUCCAUGUGUGGUGGACGCUUGAGUGUCAAUCCUUAAAGUAACAGAGCGAGGGCCAAACAGAAAGUGCAUUGCAGGAGAGGAUUGGACUGACUGAAUGAGAAGUGCAGGGUAAGCCCUGAGAAAACCAGACACACACAUUUUGAUCUCCGUCUCCAUCUGACAGCACUUCUGUAAAUUGGUUGAGACUGUUGCCUGUGUCCGGGACAGUUUUGUCUCCGGGCUCCUGGGGAGUGACAGAUUGAGAUAUUCAGGGCAGGGUUGUGUGGAGGGAUGAGAUCAGACUCUCUGAGCACAUCCAGCACGUCCCAGGAGGCAGCCCACGUCAGGCUGUGCCCUCAUCAUCUUUGAUCAAGCUUUGAGUGCUAAAUCCUGCUUCCUUUACACCGACGCAAGCAUCUUGAACUUGGCAAGGUUUUUAUUUUAGGGAGGCUGUUUUAAAAGUGCCCAAAGUGCUAGAAAAGAGCUCAGAAAAUCAACGUGCUCCUUAAAAAGACCAAAUUCUGGUCCCCAUUUCACUAUAUGAGCCCAAUAUGAAUUUUUUUAGUGGAACAGCCUGUUGUUGGUUUUCUUUUUUGCCAUCAGCAAUACCAGACAUUUGCCUGGCCCCACCUGCCCUCAUUAGCUCCCAAAGCCCUUUAUUUGUUGAUGCCAGUGAUGUUAGGGCAGCAAUGUUUUAAUUCCCCAGACCUUGUGGUGCCUUUUCUUGUGGUGCUUACCCUUUGCAGGACUCCAGUCAAGGCAACCACUCUCAUCAAACAGCAACGCCAGUGCGUCUCCUCCGGAUUAUGUGCCACUGCAGUAACAGACUUUAAUGUAUACAUAUAUAAAUAUAGAUAGAUAGAUAGAAAUAUUACUAUAGUUAUAAUUAUAUAUAUAUAAUUGAGGUUCUGAUGCCGCUGUGUGAGGAACAGACCGUUCCUCUGCAGGAUUACACUGGGUGAAACCAACAGCUCAAUAUCUCGUAAAGGCUUGCAGCCUUGGCAAAGAGCUUCUCUCCCAUGCGUUUGUUCUCAUGUCACCCAUUUCUCCUCAACAAAACAACAUUUCCAAAGCAUUAAUCCAAAUUCUGGGGCAGAUGAUGCCACGCAGCAACAUCGUCCUCCUGCCAUGGGACGGGUGGAUGUCACCUUGCCAUGAAGGGAAGACGGUGGGACCAAUGGGAUGGCAUCCCCAGGUGGUGGCUUUACCUUUUCCUUUGCACCAAGGGGAUGCAACCCAACAGCUUGCAGUCAGUGUUUUCCCCUCUAGCCAGCCACCCUGCCCACCAGCAAGCAUUCCAAUCUCAUCUUCCCAAGCGCCUUUCCAAUGCACUCACUUCAUUUUUUUCCCAUUGGGAUGCUUGGUUUCCCACUCUGGGGAGGAGGGAAGCUGGCGAACAUGGUUUGCUUUGCUCACAUCAGUAGUUCUGCCUGACUUCAGGGGGCAUUUGUUUUGUCAAUGGACUGCUGGGUUGGGUCAAUCGUCCCCUUGUCGUUAUAUAUCAUAUUGCUGAACCUAUGGGCCCUUUUCAGAUAGGACAGAUGUUGAGUUUUAUUUUCUACUAAAGGGAACAACACCAAUAAUACUGUAAAAGGUGCUAGAAUCAAACCUCAUUUUAUAUACUUUGGUUCUUAGAGAAAAAAAUAUAUAUACACAGAAUUCUUCCUGUGCAGCCUUACUGUAGAUUGUUAUAACCAACACUUUAAUCCAAAACAAACAACAAACAAAAAAAGUGAAAAGGUUAAAAGAGGACAAAAAUGAAGUGAUCCUGUAUAAAGUGUAACAAAUAUGACUUUCCCAUAAAAAUAUAGAUGAUCAGACAUACAUUAAAAUGCACUUGAGGCAGGCAGCAAGCGCAGAAAGCCUUUGUAGCAUCCUUUUUUUUUAUGCACAACAGCUGUCUUUUUGCGUUUGGCUGGUGUAAGGGGGAAUGUGCCGAGGCACUUCUAUUUCCUUUUAAUUCUGUGAGUGAUUUUUGGGGAGAAGGAAAAAGAAAUGGGAAGAAGGCGGGUGGUUCAGCCAGCAAGCAAGCCUGGAAUAUUCAUCUCUUCUUUUUCCUUCUUUUUUUUCUGGCUAGUUUAUGGCUAUGUUUGGAAUCCAUGUUUCAAAUUCUUUGUAGAGCUUUGCUGCCUGCCCCAGGUGCUCACAGUGAUUCUUACCUCAAGAAUGCUUACAAAAAAAAAGAGUCAACUGUUCCUUCUUUUCCCAUAUCUGGAAAAUUUAAACAAACAAAAUGGCAUCAAUGUCAACAGUACAAACGAAAACACCAACAACCAGCAGUGAAUGAAGUGAUGAGAAAUAAAAAGGAAAGAAGUCAAAGCAGAGGUUUGGUGAUCAAACCGAGCCAUUCUGGUGCUUUUCCCCUUUUUAUGUUGCUAAUGUUCAAAACUACAUGAGAUGGGCUAGGACAAGUUUGCGGUCUUAGGCUGUAGCAAAAAAAAAAUAAAAAUGUAUCUAAAAGAAUACAAAUUUGCAUGGAAAAAACAAAAACUGAUGGAGCAUUUAAAGAAUGGCUGUUUCGAUGUCAGACGUUUAAUGUUAGCAUGUGUGUGUGCUGUAUAUACCUUUUCAUGUGUGACAUGUACAGUUGACUGAGGAAGAAAAAAAAACAAACAUAUGGAACCGAACAAAAAAUAAUAAUCAAAUGCUAUUUUAUCAGAUGAUGCACUUUUUCACCUUGAUGAGAAGCCACUGUUCACAACUAUGCAAUCUUCCAGUUUCUCUCUCUCUCUCUUCUCUCCAACCUCAAAUUUCCCAACUAUUUUCCAUAACCUAAACCGUUUUUUCUUUCUUACAAAGAAACACAAAAAGUUCCAAACUCUGGUUCAAGGUGAGAGUGCUACUGUGACUUUUCUCAAGCGAUAAGAGCUAACAAACAGACAAACACAAGGGGUUUGGUUUGGUUUUGUUUUCAAGAAAAAAGGAGGUUCAGGCAUGACCCUUUUGAUGUUUUCUAAAUGAAUUGAUGUUUUCUACAUGUGCCAGGCUUCUGUUGACUGUUUUUUGGGUUUGGUUUCAUUUCUUGGUUCAUGAUGUUCUCUCUCUUGGGUUUUAGGAUUUAUUUAUUGAUUUAUUUCCUUCUGUAUUUAUUUUCUCUCUCUUUUUUUUAAGUCUUGUUUUGUAUUGUAGGUAUUGGGGAUGUGAAGAUGAAGGUGAAAUUUGGCUUAACUUCAAGUGUUUUAGUACAUGUGUGUGCUAUAUGUAUAUAGUUUUCUACAUAGAGAAUUUUACACGCUUUUUAACGCACUUUACGACAUGUAUGUACAAAGUUGUCUAUAUAGAAAACGUAGUGAGUUAUCUGACCUUCAAAGAAGAGAGUUUUGAUUAAGAGGAGUUCAGAUAUUUGAGUAUCUCAUGUGCGCGUGUGUGUGUAUUAUAUACUAUAUUAUAUAUUACGGAAAUAUAUAAUAGCGUACGUCCAUGUUAGGGUGUGUAUAAUAGAUACGCACAUCCAAACACAUGAUCAUUCCCACCUAUGCCAUGAAAGUAGAGGUUUUGCAUUCCCCCGAGGUUUUCAAGCUACGAUAAAUAGCCUGGCUCUACUCAGUAAACUUCUUCCCUAUCCUUUGAUGAAAGGUAGAAAAUUAUCCUCCUUUGUUGUCCCCGGUACGCUGUCCCCUUGUCAUGGGAGAAUAGUGUGCAUCUAAGGGGAGUUUGCCUUUACAACCUUUCUUUUCCCACCUUGGUUUACCAAUGGGUGUAGAGGAAGAGAAAACAGGUCAUCUAGCCAGUGAUGAGCUCAGGAAACCAUGACCACCAGAUGGGGCAGCCAUGUCCCCUGCCACCAAUUCACCAUGCCGCCUAGAGCAACAUCUCUCCCACUUCUCUGUGCCUGUCAGAUUGAGGUUGCUGAUUCUUUCCAAGCCUUUAAGCACUUUGCACUCAUGGUCCUUCUCUGCCAGUACCACAGGGUUCCCCUCAACGCCGGUGGGAGGUGAUUCGGGCCAGUUUACAGUGAGAUCUUCACCAUCUUACCCUUGUCCUCUAGCUCUCUUCUGUUCAUGAAGCCCACCCCUGCUUUUUUUGGGCAUGCUUUGACCUUCAUCAUCUCACCAUUAGGUUUUAAAUGAGCACCUGUGUGCUUCUCCUUCUUUCCACUCAAGGUGUUCCUGUCCUUGAUAGCCAUGUCCCACCAUGCUGAAGUAAUUCCAAGCCCACUUUUGCCAUACAUCUUAUAUGUGGACUUCACAUUUCUUGGGGUUUCAUGAAACCCCAUUUCUGAUUUUACUGCCCAUUGGACGCCUGGUUUAUCAAAACUCUUUCACAUGAUCAAAGGACAGAUAGGCUGGUAUUAUACUCAGCUCUAGAUAUAGAAAGGUCCCUUAUUGGAGCCAACAAAAGUGGGAACAAGGGAAAAAGGGGAUGGGUUUGUGGCAUCUCUUCCAUUUGUGAGAAUACAAGUGUCCACACCAGUCUGUAGCAGCACGGAUGUCCUUCCAGGCCACCUUUCAUGUUUGAGUCCUAAACAAGAACAUCCUAACAUCCUUCCUACUGAAGUUAAACCCACAAUUAUCUGAAAACAACAGCCAUGCAAAAGCCAGGGACAGUCUUCCCAUCUUGCACAACAUCACGGCUAGCAGCCCUUCUCAGUCAGCUGGUUGAGCUGCAGAGCCAGGUGGGUCUGGAAACCCACUGUGAUUGCUUCUUGUAACUCAGUUCUCUAGAAAACAGUAUUCAUACCUAACUUAAUUUAUCGUAGGACACCUCACCCAGCCUUAGAUGUUACAUGUUGUCUAUAUAACAGUAUAGUAUGUAGUGCAGCUUUAUUGUCCCAAGUGUCUACUUCUCCACUCUUUGCAGGCUCUUCUACCCAAUGGCAAGUUUUAGGCUGUGGAUGAUGUUUGUAAGGAAGUGUAGCUGUCCCUUGGGCUUGCUGUUAGGAUGCUGGGAUCUGUGUGAAUGAUUAAUCCCUCUCACAAAUCAAAGACAGUGUUUUUACCCCUGAGUGACUUGAAGGCUGAACACUUAAUUUCCUUCCCUGAAAAUACAAUGCUGAGAGGUGUCCAUCUAAAAACGAGGCCAAGAGAGAUCAUUUCCUGCCCCAAUUAGUGGUUUGUAGUAAAGCUUUAAGAAAAGAAUUAAAAAAAAAUUUAAAAAUUAUAGUUUUCUAAUUGCUUUUUAACGCAACAAAUUCAACAAAUAAAGGAACCUAGAGGUCAAGUUUGACUCAAUCCAUAACCACACAAACAAAGUGUUCUAUGUUCACACAUUCUUGUGAUGCUUGUUCAAAGUGCUUUGCCUUCUGUCUCUGUGAGCAAUGGGUGGACACCCUCUAAUUUGGCAAGAAAAGCUGGAUGUCCAGUGAGUUACCACGAUUCCUUCCAUAUUCAGGACGCCUCCAGGUAGGGAUUUCUCCCACUUGGUUUCUUAUUUAGAUCACUUGUGUGCCCUUUAGCUGGUUACAUUUAGGUGAAUUGAAUCCUACCUGAAAUGGACAGGAUUGUCCACACUUCCAAACCAUUUCCCACCAUGUCUUACCGUCAGACUGCUUCUCUGUUUGCUCAGCCAACAAGCAUUCAAAGUUAUCAUCUCCUUCAGCUUAGCUCUAUUCUUGCUCAGCAUCCCCUACCAAAGGGAUCCACUGACACCAAGCAGUCAGACUGAAGAAAAUCAGGCUGCAAUUCAGAGUUGGACUCACUGAAGAAGGGGGUGAAAUCAUCACUUUCUGUGAUGGUGUGCUGAUCACUGUAAGGGUUCAGAAAAAAACCUUGAAAAUUAAUACACGAGGAAUAACCUUCCAUCUGUCUUCCUACAGGAUAAGGUCAUUCUUUGUCCAGAUGAAAAGCAAAAUCUCCAAUACAGAGAGCUGGUAGCAAUCACAUUGGCUUCUUCAUCUCAUUAGGAAUCCAUUCUGGUCAAUUUUCCUCAUUUUCUUCAACUCAAGCACCACGCUGUAAAUGUCAGAUUGCAACCAUUUACAGAACAGCUGGGGAAUCAUGCUCCUUCCAGGGCACUACUUCCUAACUUUGCAGAUGUUUAGGAGGUAUUGUUUGAGCAGCAGCAAGUGGGUUGUCUUGUCUGGAGCUUUAAAUGUUUCUAUUUCACAUUGAGCACCUAAGCUCCUUCCGUACCUGCUAAAAUGUAGCUCCUGCAUCCAGCGAUAUGAGGGUGCCAUGUCCUUUCUGUGCUGGACAUACUGCUUGGAUGAGACUGGUCCAGUGGCCUGAAGAAGAGCCUUCACCAACUGUCCCAUGCUCAGCCACUCUUGUUGGAAAUGUUUACCAGUAUCCAACCAGCUUCCCACUGCUGUAAUUUAACCAGCUGCUUCUCCAUAUCCUUUCUGCUAUAGAAACGCCACCUACACACUAUCCUGGACUGAUAGACUAUAGAAGCCAGUAAGCCUAACCCUACUCCAAAUGACUUCCCUGAGCUUUGUGAUCAGAGUUAAGAGCCCCAGUCAUCCAGGUGCCUUAGAAAGUCUCCUUGUAGGAGUGCUGACCAUGCAGCCAGACCCCUCCAGCUACCCACACUGGUCACCCCAGAGCCCAGUCACUUCAGUGGUGCCAUCUUUCUUGCCACGUAGCUUCUGUUGCCUGAAAAGCCUAACAGAAUCCAUCAAGGGGCUGCCCUUCUGCUGAAGCCUUCUUUUGUUGGCUGCUGUAGCCUUCAUUUGUUGGCUGCUGUCAACAAGUCUGAGCUAAUAUUCACAAGCAUGUGUUGGUGAAUGUAGCCUGAAGCAUUCCCAGGGUGUGCUGCUUCCCCUCGGCCACCAAACGAGAGGGGGAAAUGGCUUAUCUUUUUUUUUCACCUAGUGCCAGUAUAUUCCCUUACAGUUCUCCCUCUUUGUGUUCAUGCACUAUGAGUGCCCCUAGAACACAGGCUAUUUCUCAGAGCUGCUUUGUCAACGCUGAGUAUCAUAGAAAAUUCUCCCUUGAAGAUGACUAGUUUGUAGAAAAUGCUUCUGAUUUAAUUCUGCAUUUCCCCCAGCUUUCCAAUGGUAUUGUUUCUAAGUGGACUGUACUGCUGGUAUCAAUGUUAGUAGGACACACUGAUCAAGUAAUCAAAGCUCACUGCUGUGUUGGAUAUACAUAUGUUAGCGACAGUUGCGUUAAGCCAAAUUUAGCAGCUGGAUUCUUCAACAUCCCUUUGUUUUGUAUCUACCUCACUAUGAUUUCUUUGAUUUCUUGUGAUUUAGUGUUGUAUACAAUGUCAGAGGUGAUAUGUAGAUAAAUAUAUAUAUAUAUAUAUAAAAAUAUAUAUUUUUUGCUUUGCAAUAAAGCUCAAAGCUAUAACACUGAAUAUUCAUAAAAUGUCAUAAUCUUUAUUGUGAUGUUCCCAUUUUAGUUGUAAAAUCCUGUCUGGAUCCUAUUUGCCUGUACACUAGAAUCAAUAUUGUGUUCACGAGUGAAUGAUUAUUAUUUCUGUUACUUUUUCCUCUUAAGCGAUGUUUUUGAGAUGUGAGAUAGACACCAGAAUUGUCAAAAACAUGAAUUGGUUUAUGUGUUUUUUCCCCGUACGUAGCCUGCAUGUAACUGGAAUCAAACAGUGACAUUGAAAGAAAAUUAUUUGCAGUCCUGAUCUUUCAAUUCCGGCUUGUCUGAUCGUAGCACUGAAUUUGGCAGGGAGAGGAAGCAAAAAUAGAGGCAGUAUUAGGAUGAGCAUAGGGAGGGAUGAAGGCAAGAUAUUCAUCACAAUUUGGCUGAAGAGAGGAUUCGUUCUUUGAAAUAACUGAAAUGAAAUGUGGCCCAUCUCUGAUGAUGGAGACCACAGUCAUAGAGCUUAAUUCUAGGCAGUGAAAAGUUAGCUGUGUGCCUCGUGACAGUCCCUGGACCAGAGGCACGCAUCCAGCUCUUUUCUAUUGUAAUGGAGAGAGACAAAAAGCUCCUUUAGGUAUCUUAACACCUAAAACACUUGUCUAAGAUGUGUGGGAUGUAGCUCCUUCAGGAUGGGAGUGUCUCCCUUUCUAUGUGGGUAGAGCAGAGAGAAUGAGUUCACAUUAGAUACCUCAGUUCUCUGGGCUAAAACCAAGUUCAAGGACUCCCAUCUUAAUUGCACCAAGAUCAUCCUGGCUAAUGAAAACUGUCUCAGUGUUUUGGUCAUGUGCAUUAUUCUGAACCAGAUGAUACCUUGUGCUCUGUCAGUGGAAGGGAUGAGGAAGGUGGGAGCUCCUGCCCUCUUGGCAAAGAGGGAAAAUAGGAAUUUACCUAUUGGUCGUAAGCUCGUGUGGUGGAUAACAUCCUUAGACCCAGGGGCUAUUCAGCAGUACCAAAAAUGACCAACAUCUGGCACAGAAACGCUGGCUGAAUCCUACAGGAAGGAGAUGAGUCUCAGAGGAAACUGCUGAGAAGGACUCUGCUCCCAUAAGCUGGAAUUAGGGGGAGAAAAUACACUGAGCCCAAAUGCUGGCACUCUUUGCUUGAGUAGAGAAUGUUUCCAUGGAUCUCAUGCAUUGUCUUCACUUGGAGCAGAAUAGGGUGAAUCCUCUCCAUUUCCUUUCCACCAGACUGUAGGGAAAGGAACAUUUUCCCUCACUGCUUUGUCAAAGAGAAAAAAAAAAGAAAGUAAUGACCAGAAAGAAAUCAGAUGCAAAUGGAAUAUAACAUAUACUUUAAAAGUAAGGAGAAAAAAAAAAGACCUACUGAACUUAAAUCCAGUUAUUCCAUAGAGUGGAGGGGAGAUGCAAGAAAUGAAACCCAAAUGUCAGCAACUCAAAAGGGAGGAAAUGUUAUUGGGUUUCACCUAAAGCACUUGACAGGACUGCAAAACGCAUCACUUAGGGUGGGUUUCACAAGACCUCUUCUGUGUUGUCUUCUCUCUAAAAUUUGCACAAUUGCUCAUUGCUAACAGCAGGUUUUUUUUUCCUCAUUCUGAUCUGGUGUCUGUACAAAUCUGGCUUGGGUUUUCGGUUGUUUUUCUUACUGUUGUUGCCUGUUCCCAGCUAUUUCUGUUUUUGCGGUGUAGUAUUGUUGUCUAUGUAGAAUGAAAUACAGAUGUGCUCAUGAAAUUGUAUAGCGGAUAGAAUUGCAGGUUGGAGUUGAUUUGGAAAAGAAAAACAAACUCAGAAUGCGAAGAGAAAUACCUACAUGAAAAGUAUGCUUCCAACGUGUGUGUUUGAAUUGGAGCAUUUUGUCAUUUUACUGAGCUUUUUGAAAGGCUUCUUUUGAAACAAUGAGACUUUAUGGUGGUUGGGGUUUUUGAAUACCAAAAAAAAGCACAAUUAUCGUUAAAACAUUAUCAUUUUUAUUAUGUUAUUUCACUCUUUGCCUAUCUGGACAUUUUAAUCCCCAAAUUUUGUCAUGAAAUAUAUAAUCCUUUGUACCUGCUCAUUAGUCAUCUUACAUUAGGCAAAAGGGAGAGAAACAGCUCUGAAAACAUGCAGAAUUCCUGGCCUGAUUUGAUUUCUUAUUUGCUUUAAUAAUAGGGUUGAACUUUAACUUUGUGGUUAUUCUCUUGGAUGCUUACUGUAAAGACACAGGGUCUUCCUUUAACUGAAUGGCAAAGAAUCUGUGCGGUAUAUGCAAAGGACAGCCUUGAUUUUGCCACUUUGUGAACUUCGGUUUGUGAAGGACUGGGUUGUGCAAAGCAUUUAUGGAUCUGAUUUGGUCACGCUGAUAAAUAGGAUGGAGAGGGGAGGCUUAUCUGUGGUGUAUUCCUCAGCUGUAGGGAGGGAUGCUGAAUUAAUGCACAUAGAUGAGUAGUGGUAGUUUGGUCCUCAGAUGUUCAGAGCUAGUUGGCUGGAGAGGUCAUUCAAUUGCUUUGUCUGAAUAGAGCCUACGUUUGCUUCCUGUAUCCUCAUAGAUAUUUCCACUAAUGUUAAUGGGUUGCCUUUGGUUUCGGUCAUAGAAAUGUUUCCUUGUUAAGUCUGCUGUUGUGUUGUUAGCGUGGUUAUAUCAAAAUGAUUUGCUAAUGUUGAAUUUGAGCUUUUAUGUUCUUCUGUGGCAUUGACUGUGCUUUACUAAGAAGCUCUGUGUCCCUUCCUCAUACACAACAGCUCUGCUCUUUUCCAGGUUGUAAGAUCUUUUGUUACUGCAGAGGUGCUGUUUAUUUUGGUGGCUGUAUCGUGAGCAAUAUCUAGCUUUGGCGAAGCUGACUCAACAUUUAUCCUGGGAUAGAGGAGCAGCACGCUUUGGUGGGCAGGGUGUGCUGUUUGAAUAGGAGUCUCCUCUGUGUUGACUGUUGCAUGACAGAUGACUUAUAAUGUGUAGAGAUGUAAGAGCAUUGGAAAUGUCUUCUGGUAAAGCUACUGCUUAUUGUGGUUGGAUAAUUAGCAUUGAACCCUCACCCUGAAAUGGGCAGAAAAGGCAGCUGUGAGGCCUGUGCAAGAAAGGCCUGAUCUGGAGCACUACCCAGCAGACAAACCCAAUGGACUUAACUCUUUUAAAGUAGCUUUUAUACCAUGGGUUUGAGAAGUUAGAUAGCACCUGAGUCAAUUAGUGCCCCUGAGAGAGGCAGUGCCUCACACAGAAGUGCACAGAAGGCAGUGUGCAUGUGAAGGCACCACGAGCGUGGUGUUAGGCCUCAUCCACCCGAGCAAGAGGUUCGGAGCUUUAAUGGGAUCUAAGAGCACAGAGCCAGGAAGAUUUGAGCCUUGUUUCCAUGCUGAGAGCUACAGAAGGUUUUUAGUUCCUGAAAUGGCAAAUAAGAGCAGCUUCUUUCAUGAAUAUGAGGUCCAGGCUGCUCUGAAGAUAGCCAGGAGUUAAACUGACCUGAAGUACGCAAAGGAAAGUAGGGAUGUGAGUUGGGGGAUAGUGAAACUUUACUUACUACGUACAGCUUGUCCACUUGUCAGGAAAAGUGGUGUUUUAUUUUCAAACGAGCAGUGAAUCAUCUUAAACUAAUUCUGUUUGGGUCUGGAAACACAAAUCCAGCCCACAGUCCUCUACGAUUGGCAUAGCUUUGGCUGGCUACAACAAGCUUUGUCCCAAGCCAUCCUCUAUCUGAGGAGUUAGCAGGGGGAGCUGGAAAUAACAGGCAUUUUGGUUGUGGGCAGCUGGAUUUAGAGGGUAAGGGACUGCCACUGGGAAAAGGAUUGGGGCCUGGCACCAUUUUGUUUUUAUGAAUACAGUCAACAUAGCCUUUGCCAGAUGCUGGUUAAAUGGUGCAGCAUAGUCAAGUGGAGGUAAUAGAACAGACUGGAACAGACUAGACCUACAACCAAGUCUGUGUUUAAUGAGAGAGACAAGAUUUGAGGGAGAGAUUCUAUCUUUUACUAGAAAUAUAUUUUUUAUUAUUAAAACACCUCCCCCUUUAAACCAUGCCUCUUUAUUACCUUAAACUAUGCCAACUACUAUAACACAUCUAGGACAUCUUUAGAAAUGCUUUCCAAUGGAUUUUGUCUCAGUGCUGUCAUUCCAGUGUUAACAAACUUCUGUGGUCCUUCUAAUCAUGCAACCAUUUCUCAUAUCCCAGGGUACACACCAAAGCAAGAGACUUCAACUUUGCAAGGUGCCAAAGGUUUCUUAUUAUGUCCAAAAAUACCAUCCUUGCUUUCCAUGUGAGCUGAAGGGAUCAGUACGUUCCAGGAAGAGGCUGAAAUUUUUUUUGCUCCAUGCCUUUCUUUUGUUGUCCUGCCAACAGAGCCUCAAGGACAGCAUAUGGCCUUGCUAUACUUGCUUUUUCUUUAAAAAAAUAAUAGAAAAUAACAAGGCAUCAGAGUACCACGUGGGUUUUAAUAGUGUAAGAUGAGCUGAGUCUGUUUCCCUCAGACCAAAAUUCAGAAUGCAGAAUUCAUCAGCUCUAUGGCUGGCUGCAUGUUCCUGCAGUGAUCCCUUAUUUUCUAGGCUUGAAGAAUGAUCACUUUCCUCCAUUUCCAGGCUGAUUUAAAAUAUCUUCCCCUGCUAAAAUAAUUCCCUCUGCUCUGAUGCUUACUAGCAACUCAGCCCUGGGCUUCUUCAAAACACAUUGCCAGGAAUGCUUAAAGAAUUUGCACUGAGCAGCCCAUUUCUCUCCAUCUUGGAUCAUAUAAGGUGCAAGAAGGAGAAUUUUCCUGUGGCAGAAUUUAUGUAAGGGGUGAAGUAGGAAUCUGUUAGCCUAUAGUAUAUCUUGACUUAAAAACUUGCCCUUUACAGAUGGGGAGGUGGAAUAUUAGCAUCUUGACAAUCCUCUUUUUAAUGUUCUGAAGCAGUUGGGAGUUUCAGGACAGACUCUUUUAGGACCAUUUUGCUGGGCUUGGUUUUCAGAGCCAUGUGAAGAGUUACAGCUGCUCAGGCAGAGUGGGUGAAUAUAGAAAUGUGCUAAAACCAAUGCUACAAGGUGGAAUCCGGGGCAGAGAAACCUCAGAUCUACAAAGGUUCUAUGAACUUCAUCUCUUCAUGACACCUUCCUCUGCAGUUUCUGGAGAGACUUCCACUGAUUGAGGACUAGUAGUGGAUCAGAGACUCUUCUCCCCUUAAUCCUCUUGAGGGAGAGGUGAAGUUGGAGUUGUUCUGCACCAGAACCAGGCUCAUUUCAAAUAGAGACUGCCAGUCAGUUCUAGGUAGUUCAAGCAGCAGACAUCAUCCCUAGCACUAUACUGGAGCAGUACGGUUCUUUGAUCAGGACAAGGAUUGCCUGAUUUGCAUGAAGAAUAAGUCAGCUGCUAUGAAUCUGGUCUUAAAAAUUAAACCAAACAGCAUCCGUUUUCAAAAUGGAGAAUUUCAAGCCAGGGCAGGAAAGAGAGGUUGGCAUCAGUGAGAAAUACAGAUGGAUGUGAAUAACAUUAGAGCAGUGCUGAUGUACAGCAGUUCUCUGACGCACCCCUCCAGUUAUGACGUACCCUUCAUCAAACUGCUCAGCUGAAAUCACCAAUGGAUAUGUUGCUCUGAGCCCACUGUUGUUUCAGCCUUUUUGAUCUGAGAUUCUUUAUGACAGAUGAUGAAGCUCUUCCUAGAUUAUUUCACAGGCCCUCCCGUGACUUACCAAGUUGUCACCAAAUCCAUUUUUUUCCUUAGUACAGAUGAGAAAAAUACAAUUGUCUUUUCUUACAGCUCCUGAGUGGACAAGAUGGUUGUCUUGGUACAUUUGCUUUGUGUUAGGAAAGUGAGAAGAAGACUAUGGCCAAGGCAUGUCUUUUGUUCUUCUGCUCUGCUGUUCCUUCCAUCUGGUGGCACUGCUUUUUUCAUCCUGCUUCCUCUGAGAUACAUUUGAUUCCCUCUAAAAUAUGGCCAUGUCUUUGAAUAGACACUGCUCACUUCUCAUUUGAAGUCAUCUGAAAAGCAGGGUUUAAAUGUCUGGUGAUUUUCAUGUUGAAUGGCUAACCUGCAAUAUAUUUAGCUGCUUGAGGAGUGGCAGGAGAAGAUACAUCCUUCAAAUCUAUGAGCUUUGGCAGCCAAAAGUGCAGCCAGAAGUUCUCUCCCCAGCUGUGUUCUGUCUGUGUUAUCACAGCAGAAUCUCAGUUAGGCUGGUUUUGUAGGCUCUGUGGAGGACACUGUGAGAAUUCCCAGCCAUUUUAGUUCUUUGAUAUUUUGUCUUAGCAGCAAUAAUACAAACCAUUAGCAUAUAGCUUAUUUGCUGCUCCUUAUUAAGGUACAUUUGGUCUCGAUCUCCACAGUAGUUAUUCAGCUCUCUGUACCUCAAACACCUGAGGCAAGGUGUUGGUAUUCAGUCGUUCUCGCCCAAUAGUUUUAUUUUCCCCCUUCCUGUGACAUCUCCCACAAAGCUUUAGUGGGAAUCUAUGGAGUUUACAGGUUUUCAGUGAGUCUCCAUUAGAAAUAGCAUCUCCUUCAUGUAAGUGAUUCUCAGUCUUUUAGCUUUCCUUCUGUUCUCUAAUGGCCUGGCUGUUUGGGAGGAAAAAGAUGAAAAAUAAUAAUAAAUGGAUCACUUUGCACUCUUAUUUGAGUUUUCAAACAAUCUAGUUUUCAUCUUCUGCCCCAGUUCAGAGUUUCAGUGGAGAAGUGUCACCAGGUGAAACUCAAGAAACCACUUUCAGUCCUAAUCUUCCAUUUGGAAUUGAUUAUACUUGUGAAUCUAAAUAAGUUUCCAUAGGUGCUAGAACAGUUUUAAAGAACAAAGACCGACUUGUCUAUGGGGCUAUGUAAGGUUCUUCAGCAGUUCUUCCUGAUUUUUACUGUAACGCAUAAAAGCAAUUCAAAGGUUUGGAAUGUGAUGUCUGCUACCUUACAAUUCAAGAGGAAAUCUUUCAUUGUACCCACCUCUUUUACAUGAAACGGACAUCCUUUCGCUCUCAUUUGUCCUCAUCUUCAAAAGAGGUUUUAGUGGAAUAACAUCAAAUAUCCAGUGCUGAGACGUUCCCUAUGUUCCAUAAAGCACAGAUCUUGCAGAUGUCUUUGUGGAUGUCUUGCUGGAACCUGAGUGCUCUGAACUGCUUCAGCAGGCGGUGUCCUUGCACGACCCAAUGGACAAGAUAUAUUCAUUUCACAAAACCAUUGCCUAAGAUGAAAAUCAAAGGCUGCACACAGGUGACCAACCUUGGAAAACAGUCUACAGGUAUUUUUAGGUGAGAGAAACUGUUCUGAGAGCUGCCUUGGAAAAGAAAUUCGGAGUUUUUCAGAGUGAAAUGAAGGAACAAAGAAGAAAGCUAUUACUUCAAGAUGGACUGAUAACCCCAAGGUGGGAUAGGAUGACACUGAACUGUGUCUGUACUCUGGAAAAUCCAAAACUUAACAACUUGUUAAGAGCUGGUGAGGCUCACUUUAUCUGACUGAGAUAACUAAAAAGUUAACUCUCCAAAUUGAAGCCAGUGUUGCUCAACUUUCUUUUUGUUUCUUGGAGAAUACUCCUAGCAGCGAUACCUAAAAAGAGAUGUAUCUGUCUCUGGACAUACCAUUUUCUUUCCACUGUCUAUAGAAGGAGCCAAGGUUGAUUUUUCCAGUGCGAUGUGGAUAUAGGAGGCCAUUUUCACUCAUCAUGAAAAAAAAUCCUCUCUGUAGAAAUGGGGCAACAUUCCUGCUGCCCAUCUUCCAUCCAUCAUUCAUCAGAGAGGUUCACACAUUAACAUCCGAGGGGCAAAACCACCAUACAAGGCAGAGGUCUUCACCAUUUCCUAGAAUGACAAAGCCUUUCCUUCUUAACUAGCGUGUGAGUCUCAUGUCCCAAUGCUUUAUGUAGUCCCGUUUUAAGCAAUUAGCCUGACCAGAUUUUGACCAAUUCUUUUGGGAACCCAUGCUUAAAAGUAUCUGAGUGCUUCUUGUUUUAAAUUUAUUUUAUGCGGUGAUUGAUCACGCAUCGAGAGGAAUGCCUCAUUUAAUUAAAGCCCCUGAGCAAAAGAGCGCUGUGAUGGGAAUGUGUCUCAUCCUUGUGCCUUCCUUCUGUAUAGGCAUUGUUCCUGCCUAGAGUUUUUGUCAAGUUUCUUACUUUCCUAAGAGCCAGAUCGAUACAAGCUCUCCCGGCGCUUGGUAGAUUUCAUCAGCAAUGGCAAACUCUUUUCAAGAAGAAAGUAGCUUUACAAAAAGAAGGUAACCAACAUGUGCAUGACCUCCUCAGAAGGGUUAGGAAUAGUCUGAAGUGCCAGAGAGAGAGACAGGGAUGGAAGACCUUUGAGAAAUUAUUUGUCUUUAUCUCCAGCUGAGAUAAUAAUGUUCUCAUAAUGUUCUUUAGCCUCCGGCUGGGACUUCAUUUAGCUGAGGAGUGCAGAUGUAAUUUUCAAAAUAUGAGUGUUUUUUUCUUUUAAUAUAGGACGUACCCUCUGAGUAAUUCUGCAGCCUUUCCCACCUGACAAUACUGUAACUAACAUCUCCAUUAGGAGCAGGGAGAAAACUUGAAAGAAGGAUUAAUCCUACUCAACUUUCACUCCCUAAAAACUGAAGUGCCUUGCCUAACCUCUUUAGAUCUUCUUCCUCUACCAUCAGCAGAAGGAGACAGGCACGCUUGAAGAGGAAUUCAACCCACAUAUCUCACACCACUUCUUUGGGUCGAACUUUCUCACAUCUAACUUAAAGUGAGAUGGAGUUCAUCGUAUUUGUGAGUAAGGCCAAUGUGAAAUGGAAAUCACAGAGUCAAGCACUAAAUACAUUCUUCAAAUGCUGUUCAAGGGGACAUAGAAAUUUCUGCCCAAAGUCUGCAUUUUAGUUGAUUACAGAGUCACUGGACACCUCUUCUUGGAGCUAUGAUUUCACCCGCAGCCUUAGAACUUUCGGACCAUCUUCUUAUUUCUUUGUUUUCUUGCUUUGUUGGUUUUAAAUAUGGAAGAUUUUAUUGUUUCUAUUAUAUUACUACUAUAUUAUACUACUGUACUAUGCUGCUACUAUUCUUUAAAGCUUGUUUAGCUCAGAAAUGCCAAAGCUGCUGAACGCUGCUAAACACAGGCAGAAUAAAAAAUACUGAGUUGUAAUUGAAAGCAACUGCAGAGCUAUGGCUAGAACAUCCUCCAGUUCCAUUUCUUUCUCUUGUAAAUCACUUGUCCUCCUUUCAGUGCCAACUAGAGAUAAUUCCAGCCCCAGGAGUGUAUGCACAAACCAAACUGGUGUGCAACACUGGACACCUUCACUCAGCAAGCAGUGAAGGAACAGUGAUUUGGAAUAGGAGAAUAAUCUUUCAGGAAGCUGUGUGCAACCUCUCAUGGGUUUGGUUUCAGUUGAUGUCAGUUGAAGAUUGAACACGGUCCUCUUUGUCAUAAGCAAUGUAAGCAGUGGAUGCUGUAGUACAAUUCAGCAGUCGAGAUCCAUAUUGCAGUCCAAAGGAAAGGUCUGGUCCUUCUGGGAAGUGAUCCAUCUUUUAUCUGGCUUAGGAUGGAAGGAGAGAUCCUUGGCAACCCCAUACACAUCCAACUUCUGGCUGGCUAAACAUCUGUGCAGUGAAAAUAGUAAGACUUUAUUGUCUAUUCUGUGGAAUUUCAUCUAUGCAACCUGCUCACCCUUUAAAAUGAUUCUUCCAACUUUAACCACACCUGAUAUGUGUAAGUUACUAUUGGCUUAAGAGAACAUCUUGGCACUUUGAUCAAGUCCUGAUUUCACCCUGAGUUUUGGGUUGGUUUCUUUUUUGUUGAUUUGGUUGAAUAGGCAACACUUUUUCUUGCCCUCCUGAUUGUUGGGGAUGGAGGGACUUAUCUCACCUAAUCUUAAGUCAAUGGAAGUGGCCUCUUCACCUGAACUUGUUGUCUAUACUCCUGCUCCAGCACUGACAGACUGUGAGGCAUCACAUUUGGUCACAUUCAUGAUAGGAAGAAGAAUCACAUUUCAGGAGAGGCCGUUUCCGUCUAUUGACUAUAAAACAAGCGGAGUUUAACAUCAGGUUGGUGAUGGUAAAUAUCUGACCAGCAGCAAGGUGGCAGAUUGGCUGUCUCUAAUCUUCAGAUAUCUUGCAUUAUGUUUUUUCACUCUGCCCUACCAUGUCUGGUGGGGCUUAGUGGCCUCCAUGCCAUGUGGUGCAUCCACCAUAUGCUUCCCCAAGGGCUUAGCCUUCAGUUUUUGUGUCAACAAAGUAGAGAACGCUGCUUAAAUACUGCAAAGGAAGAAAACUUGUUAGCAGGGAUUGAUUUCCAGAGGAAGCCAGGAGAAUUAUCCAUACCUUUUAGCAGUGAUGAAGGAGCUGUAGGGUCUUCUGCCAUAUCCAUUAAGUCAUAUGUGUGUGUCUAGGGCAUGUGCACAGGCAGAAACAAAUGUGCAUAGACAGGAAGAUUUACAUUGGCAGUG